AUGGCCGGUAAGCUAGAGUAUACCGCCUUCCCGGGUCCAGCGCCAGAGAAGCCAUGGAUUUUCUGGCGAUUGGAAAACAAAUUUACAGCUUUAACGAAUAGUCAGCUAACUGCAAUACCAGACGAACCGCGACGCUCCGGUCGUUCAACCAAAGGUCAGCACAAGAAUCUUGAUAUGAUCAGCGAAACACCAGCGAAGAAGUCGAAAGUGAAAGCACAGGCGAAAGAAAAGCUCCCGAAACCCUCAGCGGAACCGACGCCUGCUCCGAGUGAAGAAGAAGAGAUUAUCAGAUGCAUAUGUGGCGAAUACGAAGAGGAGGAAGAUGUUGAACGGGACAUGAUCUGUUGUGACAACUGUUCGGCUUGGCAACAUAAUGACUGUAUGGGUUUGACAUUCACCAAAGGAGAGGAGCCUGAGCAAUACUUCUGUGAGCAGUGCAAACCUGCAAACCACCGGGUUUUGCUAGAGAAGAUUUCCAACGGUGAAAGGCCAUGGGAAGAGGCCGCGGAGCAGAGACGCAAGGAUGCCGAGGAAAAGAAAACCUCCCGAAGGAAAAAAGGCAAGAAGGGUGGACGCAGAGGCAGACAGAGUGAGACUAAAACGGAGGCGAGCACACCGGCUCGUACUACAGCAACUACAAAAUCCGCUACUCCUUCAGUUCCUGCUGCUAUCUCUCCUGCCCCCGAGACGAAUAGUCAUAUCCCUGACGAGCAAUCCGCCAGCUCCCAGAAGCGAAAGUUUGCCGAACACCAGGAAGCCCCGGUAGCGGAAACUGGCCCCAAGUCGAAACAACAAAAAGUCUCGCCACCCGCUGAAGAUGCAGCACCUCGGGUAAAACAGGAGCCGAACACGCAAGAUUCCCAACAAAUUUCUGUUGCAGAUAUUGCGACUGUGGAAGGGAUCAGUUCUAUCGACGAUAUUUCGAACGCAGCUCGUCGGAGUGCUGCCACUGCUCUGGUGAAACUAUUUGUAGAUCAAAUUUCUGAGGCGCGGGCUAGAGGACCUUUCAAGUUGGUGCCAGGGAAGUCAGGGGAGGAAGUUGGACGGCAGCUCGGUCUCUCAAUCGAGAAUGCUAUGUAUCAGAAUAUAUGCGGGGGAUCUGGAGAGCCCACUGAGCCUUAUAAGUUACAACUUCGGACGGUCCUGUUCAACGUAAAGAAGAACCCUUCUCUACGGGAUCGUCUGCUCGUAGGUAGCCUACUCCCUGAUGCCCUUUCUAAGAUGAGUUCCCAAGAUAUGGCAAGUGAGGAACUACAGCAGAAAGAUGCAGAGAUCAAGCGAGAAGCCGACAGACAACACACUAUCGUUCAGGACCAAGGCCCGCGGAUUAGAAGAACUCACAAGGGAGAAGAGCUGGUUGAGGAUGAUCAGCAGAAUGUUGCCAGCGAACCUGUCUUCUCUGCCGGUCCCCGUCGCAACGUCACCGAUAAUGACGGAAGUCCUACUGGACAGAGCCCAACGAGCCCAGGCAGAAACAACCUAGAACUUGAUGGUACCGGAAAGGCAUCUAAGUCACAAGAAGCGCGACCAGCCGAUCGAACAACUCAUGGUGAACCCUUUCCGCCACGAGGUCACUCUCCUGGCGCCCCCGGGCACGAUCAAGUCUUCCCCGAAGUUUCAACCCACAUCCGCGAACCAAUACCUAUCGGAAAGGUCCAGGCCGAUGCAGAGAUUGAUCAACUACUGAAGGAUGAUGAGCCCGAGUCCCCUCCUUAUUCGCCUAAGGACUACCACGAUGAAGGCGCUAUCUGGCAUGGCAAAGUUGUCAUGAACCCUAUUUCCGAGUUUUUAUCAUUUGCAAAGCAUGUGGGGGGUGCUGACCUGAGUGGAAGAAUUCCAUGGAGUCAACUUGUACCGUCGACCUUGUUGGUUGACGGGAGAAUAGACAUCCAACUGGCAAGCAACUACUUGUGCGGUUUACGGUUCAGCUCAUCAACCGAUGUCACAGUCAUAUCGAUUAGCAGCCCUGACUCCCCUAAAGAGAAAGCAGGUUUUGAUAAGCUCUUCAACUACUUUCUGGAGCGCAAGAGAUAUGGUGUUGUUGGCAAACACCCACUACCAGCUGUCAAGGACACCUAUCUUAUUCCGAUCGAGGCAGGCUCGAGGAAGAAACCUGAGUUCAUCGAGUUGUUGGAGAACAAUACACUUGAGGAUCCUACGACGGAGCGGAUGCUCCUAGUAGUCUUUGCAGUUAAAACAGGCGAAUCGAACCCCCCUUCGGCACAACCCCCAUCACACCAUUCAAGCCUGGAGCCUGCAGCUUCGGCGAGUCCACUGACUGUUGCCUCUGCCACUCCACAACAACCUCAAUUUCUGACUCCGGGGCCGCGCACUGCCUCCCAGUACCCACAAACACCAACUCCUGCUUUCACGGGAAUUCCCCAAGCACCAACGCCAUAUGGACAACAACAAGCACAACCUCCCCAGCAGGCUGCACAGUUUGCAUCUUACCAGCCCCCCGCAUCACAAAAUCACACGCCUGUCACCGGUGUUGCAGCUGCUGCUCAGGUGCUGGGCGCUCAAGCGAACUCUCCUGCAAUUCAACAGCUCCUCCAACAGGCACCAAAUGCAGAUGUCUCGCAGCUCGGUGUUGUUCGAGAUAUCCUCCUGCGACGACCUCAGGCUGCAUCUGAUUACCAGCUGUUGAUGAAUGAAUUGUACCAUGCUACUACAACCAACGGGCAUUCUCCACAGCAGAACGCCAAAUAA